AUGGAAAUCCAAUCAUUAAAAGAGUAAAUUAAAAAAUUAUAAACGCAAAAUAAAAAUUAGGAUGAAAAAUUACAAAGAUAUGGGUUGAAAAUGUAGUAAUUAGGAAAGAAUUAAAUAAAUGAAAACUUUUCUCAUUUAAAAAUAAAUUAGAGCAAAUCUUAAGAAAGUAAGGGAGGCGUAUAUUAACAAGCAUAAACAAAUAAAUCUAAUGCAUAUAGUCCAAUGAAAGCAUAAAAUAACAUGGCCCAUAAAAAGAAUCCAUUUGAAGAUCAAAAAUGUAAGUUAAUGAAUUUAUUUAAGCUUCCAACAACUAUUUUCAUUGA